UUCUCAAAGUUGCCUGAUUGAUAAAUGUCAAUGUAAUGAUUCAAAACAUACACGUAGCUUAAAUUAUAAAAUAAUAAUUGUACAUUUAAAUUUCUACAAAAAAUAAUAUAUUAAAAUUAAAAUAAUGAGUUCGAUUCGCCAAAAACAAAUAACUGCUAUUAAGCAAAUGUUGAAUUUCAAUCAACCCCAAAUGAAAUUAACACCUUCUGAGCCUGUCUGGAAGGUUUUAAUUUAUGACAAGACUGGUCAAGACAUAAUAUCCCCCUUGAUUUCAGUAAAAGAGUUGAGAGAACUUGGAGUUACACUAUUUGUGCAAUUACACUCUGAUCGAGAUCCUAUCCCAGAAGUCCCCGCUAUAUACUUUUGUGCCCCCACAGAUGAAAAUCUGACAAGAAUUAGUCAGGACUUUCAGAGGGGCGUUUACGACAUAUACCACCUAAAUUUUAUUUCACCCAUUUCGAGACAAAAAUUGGAAGAUUUAGCGUCAGCUGCCAUAGCUUCAAACAGUGUAGCAAAUAUUCAAAAGGUAUACGACCAAUAUUUGAAUUUUAUAUCUCUAGAAGAUGAUAUGUGUAUAUUAAGGCAUCAAAAAAGUGAUCAUCUAUCUUAUUAUGCUAUCAAUAAGGGAGAUAUAAAGGAUACUGAAAUGGACAAUAUAAUAGAUAGUAUAGUAGAGAGCCUUUUUUCAGUAUUUGUUACAUCAGGUAGUGUUCCCAUUAUAAGAAGUCCAAAGGGUAAUGCUGCUGAACAAGUUUCCCAAAAGUUGAACCAGAAAUUGAGGGAAAAUCUUUUUGGAGUCAGAAAUGAUCUUUUUCAUACGGAUACUCAGGCAGGAAAUUUCAAUUUUCAGAGACCACUCUUGAUCAUUUUAGAUAGAAACAUUGAUAUGGCAACUCCCUUACAUCAUACUUGGACUUAUCAAGCUUUAGCACACGAUCUACUGUCGAUGUCUCUGAAUAGAGUUAUUUUAGAGGAGAGCACACCAUCAGGAGGAGUUAGAGCCAAAAACAAAUCAUGUGAACUGGAUUCUAAUGAUAAAUUUUGGAUGACACACAAAGGAUCGCCUUUUCCCACUGUUGCUGAAGCAAUCCAAGAGGAAUUGGAACAGUACAAGUCCUCAGAAGAAGAAGUUAAAAAACUCAAAUCGUCCAUGGGCAUAGAUUCUGAAAACGAUAUUGCAUUGUCUCUAGUAACCGAUAACACAGCAAAAAUCACAUCGGCCGUCAAUUCCUUGCCGCAACUUCUAGAAAAAAAGAGAUUGAUAGAUAUGCACACAUCUCUAGCCACAGCUAUUUUGAACUCGAUAAAACAGAGGAAAUUGGAUACCUUCUUCGAAUUGGAGGAAAAAAUUAUGUCAAAGACCCAGGGGGUUGAUAAGCAAGUGCUAGAUUUGAUUUCUGACCCUGAAGCUGGAACUCCUGAUGAUAAAUUGAGAUUGUUCAUUAUUUAUUACAUUUGUUCAACACAUAUAUCGGAGUCGGAAAUGAACCGAUUUGAGAAUGCGUUAGUUGAAGCUGGUUGUGAUUUAUCCGCUCUAAAAUACAUUAAAGUGAUGAAGAGUUUUACCAAGUUAUCAGCUGGUCCUAAUCAAUAUGAAGGAGCUGGAACGAAAACGGUCAACAUGUUUUCCAAAUUGGUAUCGCAAGGGUCCAACUUUGUGAUGGAAGGAGUAAAAAAUUUAGUUGUCAAGAGACACAACUUACCUGUUACAAGAAUUGUGGAUAAUUUGAUGGAAUUCAAAAAUAGCCAAGAAUUGGACGAGUAUCUUUAUUUAGAUCCGAAGCAGUUGAAAUCGGCUAAAACUCCUAAAAAUCGGGCAUCCUUUCAGGAUGCUUUUGUUUUCAUAAUAGGUGGAGGAAAUUACAUAGAAUAUCAAAAUCUUGUUGAUUAUGCUAAGCAAAAAACUACAGCUGGAAAUACCAAAAGGAUAACAUAUGGUGCUUCGACAUUAAACAAUGCCAAUCAGUUUUUGAAGCAACUAAAUUUAUUAGGGCAGGACCUUAUGACAAACAAAUUUCAAUAAUUUAUAUUAGUUGUUCUUAUUAAAGUAAUUUUAAGAUGGUUUAUUUUUCUGUUAUACACCAAUUUUUCAAUAAAUUUUCAUUUU